CUAGAACGCCAACACACGUAAAAUUUACGUAUGUCUUUUAAAUUCCUAACUAUUACAACCUAGAUAUCUGUUUCCGCGGGACGAGCGCCCGCCAGUGCUUUCCCCACUCCUUAGACCCAUAAGUGCCGCCGAAUGCGGCAUCACAUCAGUCGGUUUUAGUGUGUUAUAGUGCUAGGAGUGAAAAUCCACACGUAAAUUUUACGUAUCGUUGGCGUUUACCUAUAAAUCACAACACGUAUUUUUGACGUAUGAUUGGCGGAAACCGAAAAUGAGUGCGAAAGAUAUUUUAAGUUCCAAAAAAAAAUUAAGCGAUAAGGAUUUAGAGGAAAUUCUUGCAGCAAGCGAUUUUAGUGAUAUAAGCGAUUCAGAAGAAAAAAAUCCGGAAGAAAUAGAUGCUGAUUAUGACAGCGACGACAGCAUUGCCGAUAGAGAUUAUGUUCCAGAUCCAUUAGAUGAGGAUUCAUACGCUGAGGAGCUACAAACCAUAUGGAGACGGGGCCAGAAAAGAAUACAAGGUAUUAUUUCCGAAGGAUCGACGGCAAAAAAAGAAAAAUUAGCGAAUGAUGCUAUUCCAUCCACCUCACACUCAGUCAGCUCAUGCUCAGGACGAACACCAUUGAAAGAGAAAAACCAAGAAGAAAGCAUUCUUCCAAAUAAUUUCUUUGGAAAAGAUGGGUAUAAGUGGAGUGAUACACCGCCAAUAUCUGAAAAGGGGAAAACUCCGGCAAGAAAUGUGGUUUAUAUCAGACCUGGUCCAGUUGGCCCAGCUAAAGCGCUUACUGAGCCUCUCGAUGCGUUUUCUCUAUUUUUCAACGAUGACGUACUGUCAGACAUACUAAUUUAUACGAAUCAAAGAAUAGUUGUCUUGCAAGAAAAGUAUAAAACACAAAACGCAUCCACUUCUCUAACGUCAAUAAGUGAACUGAAGGCUUUAUUUGGACUUUUAAUCUUAGCUGCCGCCUUGAAAAGCAACCACCUCUCAGCUGAACUCCUAUUCGACGAUUCAUUCUCAGGAUCCAGAUAUCGAGCUACUAUGAGUAGAACAAGAUUUCUCUUUUUACAAAAUGCUCUGAGAUUUGAUGACCAAUCAACAAGAGUUGAACGAAGAGCAGCAUCUAAUUUUGCUCCUAUAUCGGAUUUAUGGGAUAAAUUUAUACAUAAUUGCACAGAAAAUUACAAACCGAGUGCAUAUUUGUGUAUCGAUGAGCAGCUAGUUGGUUUUCGUGGGAGGUGUCCAUUCAGAAUGUACAUACCCAAUAAACCGAAUAAAUAUGGUAUAAAGAUCGUAAUGGUCUGUGAUGUGGCAACAAAAUACGUGUUGAAUGCAAGCCCAUAUCUUGGAAAAUCAACAAAAACAAAUGGAGCUCCUUUGGCUAAUUAUUAUGUCGAGUUAUUGACUAAGCCAGUUUGGGGAACUAAACGAAACAUCACGAUGGAUAAUUGGUUUACGAAUAUACCUCUAAGCAAUAAACUAACUGAAGCCCCUUUCAAAUUGACUGUAGUCGGCACACUCAGAAAAAACAAACCACAGAUACCGCCACAACUACUAGAUAUAAAAUCUAGACCGUGUAAAACUACAAUGGCUGUCUUUACUAAAAAUUCUACUCUAAUCUCCUAUAAACCGAAAGAAAAUAAAAAUGUCUUAUUGCUAUCCACGAUGCAUACUUCGAACUGCCUGAAUCCCGAAACUGCGAAGCCAGAAAUUAUACAUGUUUAUAACUCCACGAAGGGAGCGGUGGAUACAUUCGAUCAAAUGUCCCAGAACAUGAGUUGUAAUAGAAAGACUCGGCGCUGGCCUCUUUGUAUCUUCUAUAAUAUGAUGAACAUUGCCGCAGUGAACUCCUACGUCAUCUAUAAUCACAACUUGACUGCUAUGAAAAAAAAGCCAGCAUCUAGACUCAAGUAUAUGUUGACACUUCAUGAACAAUUGACCAUGCCUUGGCAGGAAACAAGGCGCAGCAUUCCUACCUUGUCCAGAAAUUUGAAGGAAUGUAUAUCAAAUGUGAUGGGGGAAAAAGCUCCAACAAUAACCAAAGUGGAACAAAAGGGAAAACGUUCAUACUGCAGCAUCUGUCCAUCUGCUAAGAAAAGAAUGACGAUAACUUACUGUCACGUCUGUCCACGAGCACUUUGUGGAGAACAUCAGAUAAAAAUAUGUUAUGAUUGCGUCCAAAAUGUCAAUAAAUAAUAUUACUCACUUUAUAUGCCAUAUUAAGCUUCUUUGUUUUACCUUCUGCAGGUAUAUUUUUCAUUUGAAUGUUAUUAAAAUUAUGUAUAAAUAAAAUAUUUUGAAACCAAAAUUGUUUAAUAACC